UCUUCAAAUCUCAAAUAAAAAUGUGGGAUUUACCAAAUUAGCCCACGUAUUAUUUCUCUCUUCUGCGGCUCCAAUGGAGGUAGUGAAUAGAAUCGAAAAGAUCCAAAGGAGAUUUGUUUGGAGUGGUACGACUGAUAAUCAAAGGAUUCCCCUUGUGAGAUGGGAUUUGUGCAAGGUUUCGAAGCAUAACAGCGGCCUUGGCAUUGUAGACAUUAAGAGCUUUAAUAAAGCCAUGCUUGCCAAAUGGCUUUGGAGGUUCGCGUCUGAGAAUAACUCUUGGUGGAAGGAGCUUAUAAACACCAAGUAUUCUGAUUCCCAGUCCAUUUGGCAAAGUGAUCGCUGUAAAAGCGGAUUCUCGGGGCUUGUUUGGGCCAAUAUCACUAGGGAGUACGAGACUUUCUGGAAGCAUGUCCAUAUUGAUCCAGAAGGAGGUGCUUGGGUCUCCUUCUGGAAGGAUUGCUGGAUCCCGAACGUGACCCUUGCUAAAGCUUUCCCGCGCGUCGCCGCUGCCGCUUCUUCCCCGGAUGCUUGGGUCGCCGACAUCGUAACCAGGACAGGUCAAUUGUUAGCAACCAAUUCCAAGGAGUAGAUGACUUCCCGGCUGAGUCAGUUUGGAGAAAGCCUAUUCCUUCCAAGAUUUGCAGCUUUAUUUGGCUGGUGGCUCACAAGAAAUUGCUGACUUUGGACAACCUGCAGAAGAGGGGGUGGUCUAUUGCAAAUAGAUGUGUUUUGUGUGGCAGGUGUGAAGAGACGGUAGACCACUUGUUCGUGGAUUGCGACUUUGCCAAGAAGGUUUGGUUUGAGAAUGCCAAAUCUUGCAGUGGCAUCACUCCUCCCAAUAGCGACGUCCUCGGUACUAUUCAUAGAUGGAAUUGCGAUAUCCCGGACAACGCGAAUGGUUGGGUCUGCUACUGCAUUCUCCAUGCUACUUGCUAGCAAAUAUGGUUAGAACGAAAUCGAAGAACUUUCCAAGACCUGCAGCUGCCUCCGAACAUGAGGCCUCUGCGCCAAUGCUUGCCUUUGGAGGUGCUGUGACUGGGUGGUCUAUGUUUCUUCCUUGGUGGGUGCUGCUUGGUCUCCUUAACCCGGAGGGCCAGCCUGCUGCGAUUAUUUCCCUGUGCGUGGUGGAAUUGUGUUGGGAUCUUGCAAUUUGUGUUGUUUGUUCCUUCUCGUUGUUUUGAGCUCAGGGGUGGUCUGCUCCAUCUAGUGCUCUUGUGCUUUUCUGUUUCCUUUCCCUGUCUUUUUCCCCUCUAUUUUCCUACUCUGUGAUUUGGGUUUCUGCCCUGUUUCUUUGUUUUCUUGCUUCUUUUGCUACCGUUUCGGACUCUGGGUUUUUGGGAUUAAUGCUCUUGAUCCCUUCCUUGUAUUUCUUUCCUCCUAAUACAAUCGUCACCAUUAU